AUGUUGUCAUGGCAAAGACAAAGCCUUGCUUCCUUCCUACCUAUAUUGGGGUGCCUAACGUACCCAGCCUUCGGAGAGCCAGUGUGCGAAGCGUCUUCAUUCCAAGAGUUGGAGCUUCACGGCGGUCAGAUUCUCAACAUCACAACACAAAUACACACGAACCUAUCGUUCGAAGCUCCAGCUGAGCAGAACCAUUAUGCUAGUGCUGUGACCGACCUAAACGCUUGUGAAGUAACCAUUACAUACACGCAUCCUGGCUACAAUGACACCAUCAAUACCGUCAUUUGGUUGCCUUCCGCUGAGAAUUGGACUGGACGACUUCUAGGCGCUGGUGGUGGGGGGUGGUCUACAGGACCCGAAACCAACACCACGCUUCCAUGGGUGGCUAGCGAGGGAUUCGUUGCUAUCGCAACGGAUGGAGGCCACAUCGGCCAAGACAUAAGCUGGUCGCUCGUCAGUCCUGGCAACGUCAACUGGGUAUUGUUGGAAGAUCUCGCCUCGGUUGCUCUAGAUGACCUUGCGACGUUGGGAAAGGCGGUCGCGCAUUCUUACUACGGUAAAGCACCAAGCUACAGCUAUUGGAACGGUUGUUCUCAGGGCGGCAGACAAGGUUAUAUGAUGGCGCAGAGGUAUCCAGAUCAAUAUGAUGGUAUCUUGGCGACUGCUCCAGCCAUAUAUUGGAACGAGUUGAUGAUGCAACUCUUAUGGCCGCAGGUUGUCAUGAAUGAAAAUGGAUUCCCGUCCCCGCAGGAAUUUGAGGCUAUCAAUGUUGCUGCCACCGAAGCCUGCGAUGGUCUCGAUGGACUAAAGGAUGGCAUUAUCUCGUUACCCCAAGACUGCACUUUUGACCCAAUGACCGUCGUUGGCAAACAAUACAUUUGUCCAUCUACGAACCAGAGCAUGACAGUCACGACCACUUUAGCCACGGUAGCCAAGAUGAUAUGGCAGGGUGCUACGACCACCGAAGGCGAUUUCCUCUGGUACGCCGGCAACAUCGGUGCUUCUUUCGCUGGCCUCGCAUCAACAACGUGCAAGAACAAUAACACAUGCGUCGGUGUACCGUUUGCCGUACCCCAGACCUGGGUCACCGACUUUGUUCUGCUCGAUCGCGAAUACGACACCGCACGUCUUAACAUCACGUAUUUCGAGCAGCUCUUCCACGAAGCUGUGGACCGCUAUGACGCUGUUAUCGGUACGGGAAACCCUAACCUCGACGGAUUUCGCAAAGCGGGUGGCAAACUUCUCUCAUGGCAUGGGCUUGCUGAUCAGGCUAUCGCGCCUGAUGCGACUGCUCACUACGCGCAACAGGUACACAAGCGGGAUUCGAAUGCUAGCGAUUACUAUCGUUACUUCGAGGCGCCGGGCAUCGAUCAUUGCGGCGGUGGGCUGGGUUGGUAUCCCGGAGAUGGUCUUGAAGCCCUCGUUGACUGGGUAGAGAAGGGUGUUGCACCCGAGACACUCAAAGCAGAGACCACAACGGGUAGGAAGGCGGAACUUUGCUUAUGGCCAAAGCAUCUGGUAACCAUGGCAGAAGCCCUUGCAGUCCUUGGUGGAUUAGGCUCAAUCUUCAGUAUUGUGGACGGUAUUAGUAAGGUUAUCGGCAUUAUCAGCGAUCUCCGAGCCAAAUGGGACGAUGCAGAUCUCACUCUGCUCAGCUUGGCGUCUCAACUCACAGCCUUACGGGCCGCCUCAGCCAAGAUCCAAGAGUGGAUUGACCAGGACCUCCAGGACGCUCAUCAUCAGCUUAUCAUGGAUCUAGACGUUUCAGUUUCUUGCUACAGAUUGUUGAUAAGUAGAAUUGAAAGCUUUUUCACCGAUCUUGCGCAACUGACGGAGAAGCCACUGGAUCUUCGCAACAAGUUCAAGGUCGUCUUUGGUAGUGCCGGUCCAGAGAGCGUACAACGACUCCUUGAGCGUCAGGCGAGUGCGUUGACCCUUUUACUGGCUGCGUGCAAUUGUAAAACACUCUCUGAGCAGCAGAGACAUUUGGAAACGACGAAAAGCCGAAAGGUACUCAACCGAGCUAAAGCAGACUCGAUGUCUCUUUGCGUUCAACGAGAUACUGCUUCUCUUACCAGCAGGAUCACCGACAACCUGUCGAAGAUCUCUCGUGUCUUCGACUUCGAUUCGAACGUGUUCGCCACAAGAGUCUAUGAGCGCGCAUUCCGAGGUUCAAUUAAAGACAUCUUGAGGCGGCAACAACAACAACUUCCAAGUGAGAAAGUAGUUAUGUCGUCAGGGCUCUCUGGAGAUUUAUAUCUAUACGGGGAGGAUCAACUUGGCAUGGAAAAGCUCAUCAACAUCGUAGAGGACCAUACGCACUAUCCUAACCUCGAUCGGAUUCGGCGUCGGGCGAGUAUACAAAACGUCGCAUUGGACCUUAUCGUCAGUAUCGCCAAGCUUAUCACUGUUGACUGGAAACAAGAAGAGACCGCUAUUUUAUUUGCCUACUCUGGCCUACCUCCUCGCGCCGAAGGACGUCCGGCACGCGAUAAAGCUUUGGAAGCUUGCGCGCUAAUCUGGUGGAGUGCUUUACUAGUAACCCACGAGCCAGAAGCAGAAAACCCAGCAUACCCCAGAUAUAAUGUGUCUAAUCAUGAAAUGUUAUUCCAUGUUGAAAUCAUACUUGCCGGUGGAUUGAACAUAUAUUGCGGCAACGCUAAGGCAAGAGUAUUCAUGGAUCAUAUGGAACGAAUACUACCUGUACAUCAAACAGAACCCCAAUACGCCACACCCCUACUUUCAGACCGUCUUGCAGCAAGUUUGGGCACAGGCUUUCAUGGGAGGGUAGCCUAUCAGCUCCAGUUUUCACACUCAGCUUCGCCUAGGAUUGUUUCGGCUGUCGAGCUGGAUCAAUUGGCCUACAAAACUCUAGACAGCAAAACCACACUAGCUUUCGUGUUUGACCUCCAGGAUCAUAGCCACCGAGCUUUUACGCCAUUCCAUGAUCUCCUUGCCAGGAUCGAGUUAACUGAAUUGAUGUUGACCAAGGCCUCCAUCGAUCUACCUUUUCUCUUAGUCUUCAACAACUUGAACAAGUUCAAAGAGAAGAUAGCUACGCUAGCCUUUCCUAUAGCAUAUAGGCAUACCACCAAUAACGCAGAUGAAGUAUUAGCGUACAUCACGAAACGCAUCAAGAACACUCUGCAAGCGAACAGAUCCUACUUCUCGGUUCUGAACGAAGAGGGGGAACUAGAUCCGAUUGAGAUCUUCGCUCGUAUCUACCGAGCGGUAAAUGAGGUAGAUGAGUUGAUAGGACCGUCAGUUAUUACACGCAGAAGUGAAGAUGGUCAGAUUUAA